GAGCUCGGGCUGCCUGCGGAGCCAACCCGCGUGCGUAACCGCCGCGUCGCUCGCCGCCUGCUCCGGCACCGCGGGGAACGGGCUGUUCCGCACCGUCGGCGCCUACCCCCAGCGGCUCGAGCCGCCCCCGACGUUGGCCGCGCCUCUCCCGGCGAGCUCCUGCUGGCCGAG